CAGCGCUGUCUCCGCCCCCUCAGGCCUGUUCUUGCGGCCGCCUGGCUCCGGGUUCGCGCCGGGUCGGGGCUGGGCGGGAGCGAUGCUUCCCGGCCUGCCUCAUACUUGAGGCGGGAGCGACCUGCCUACCUCUCUGCUUGCCCACGGCGCCGAGCCGGCAGCCAUGUCCGCGGGGUUCUCCUUCGGGAGCGGCACGCUGGGCUCCUCUACCGUGGCCGCCGGCGGGAGCGGCACGGGCGGCGGUUUCUCCUUCGGGACCGCGGCGUCUAGCAACCCUUCUUUGGGACUCAGUUUUGGAACUCUUGGAAGCACCACGACGCCAGCAACUACAUCUGCUUCUUCGGGUGGUUUUGGAGCCGGGCUCUUUGGAUCUAAAUCUGCCACUGGGUUCACUCUAGGAGGAACAAACACAGGCACGCCGGCCACCACACCUGCGUCCACUGUGGGCUUCAGCCUGUGCUUCAGCAAGCCCGCGGCGCCCGCCACGCCCUUCGCGCUGCCCAGCACGUCGGCCUCCGCCUCGGCCGGGGCGCUCACCCUCUCGUCUGCUCUAACGUCGGCUCCGGCAGCAUCCACAGGAUUUACUCUGAAUAACCUGGGUGGAACGACGGCCACGACUACCUCUGCGUCCGCGGGCUUGUCCUUAGGGGGCGCCCUGGCUGGCUUGGGAGGCUCACUUUUCCAGAGCACAAACACUGCGGCGUCAGGACUUGGACAGAAUGCUUUAGGCUUGACUCUGGGAACUACGGCAGCUACUUCCUCUGCGGGCAGCGAAGGCCUUGGUGGCAUAGAUUUUAGUAGCUCAUCGGAUAAAAAGAGUGAUAAGACAGGAACAAGACCAGAGGAUAGUAAAGCCUUGAAGGAUGAACAUCUACCUCCUGUCAUCUGCCAAGAUGUUGACAAUCUCCAGAAAUUUGUGAAGGAACAGAAACAGGUCCAAGAAGAAAUCAGUAGAAUGUCUUCAAAAGCGAUGCUUAAAGUACAAGAAGAUAUUAAAGCUCUGAAGCAGCUUUUGUCAUUGGCUGCCAGUGGGUUACAGAGAAACACUCUCAAUAUUGACAAAUUGAAAGUAGAAACUGCUCAGGAGUUAAAAAAUGCUGAAAUAGCUUUAAGAACCCAGAAAACACCACCUGGACUCCAACAUGAAAAUACAGCUCCUGCUGACUACUUCAGGGUCUUGGUUCAGCAGUUCGAGGUGCAGCUCCAGCAGUACAGACAACAGAUUGAAGAGCUGGAAAACCAUCUUGCCACCCAAGCCAACAAUUCACAUAUCACCCCUCAAGAUUUAUCAAUGGCUAUGCAGAAAAUUUAUCAAACGUUUGUAGCUUUAGCUGCACAACUUCAGUCUAUUCAUGAAAAUGUAAAGGUGCUCAAAGAACAGUACCUUGGCUACAGGAAAAUGUUCUUGGGAGAUGCUGUAGAUGUGUUUGAAGCCAGGCGAGCAGAAGCCAAGAAGUGGCAGAACGCGCCCAGAGUUACUACCGGACCCACCCCUUUCAGCAACAUGCCAAACGCAGCAGCCGUUGCCAUGGCUGCGACACUUACACAGCAGCAACAGCCUGCUACAGGGCCACAGCCAUCUCUGGGAGUUAGUUUUGGAGCGCCAUUCGGGUCAGGUAUUGGCACUGGCCUGCAGUCAAGUGGCCUAGGUUCUUCAAACCUUGGAGGAUUUGGAGCUAGCUCUGGUUUUGGAUGCAGCACCACAGGGGUCUCCACAUUUGGAUUUGGAACAACAAAUAAACCCUCAGGAAGUCUUAGUGCAGGCUUUGGCAGCUCAAGUACAUCCGGGUUUAACUUCAGCAACCCUGGCAUCACGGCGUCCGCUGGCUUGACGUUUGGGGUGUCCAGUCCUGCCUCUGCAGGGUUUGGAGCAGGAGGACAGCUCCUUCAGUUGAAGAAACCUCCAGCUGGAAACAAAAGAGGAAAAAGAUAGACACAGGGGUUGAUGUGUUGAGAGAAUCCAUAGCAGCGUCGAUCAUUCUAUGAGUCUAUUUUUCUAAAGUUGAUGCAGAAAUUAAACUGCAUCCCAGGAAAUUUAUAACGUUUUGAUAUUUUUCAUUACUUCUGGAAUUUGAACUUUGUUCUUGUUUGCCAUGCUGAACAACUUUUUUCUUGUGACUCUGAAACCUGGCUGUGUAUUUUUUGUUACUCUGAUCUCAGUGUUAAGAAAUGUUCUCAUGACAUCGCUGAUGGGCAGAACCUGCUGCCGUGUAACCCGCUGUCACAGCGGUGCUUUUGCUGACGAGGUUUACAUUAUGUGAACACACGCACACGUUUCUCACGUAGGUGGUAUGAACUCUGGGGCCUGUACUGGCAUCAGCUUGUUCCUGGUAGAGGCCUUUGACCUACACUGCAGGACAUCUUGUGAAUAUGUAUGUAAACUGUAUACAGGAUAAUACACACAGUUGUGUGUGCGUGAAAAAUACAUAUUUACAGACCUACAACUUUUGCCUCAGACUGUUCCCCCUUUUUAAGGGUAUUUUGUUUUUCACCUUCUGUGCUUCGAAUCCUCAGUGCUAGUGGAGCGAUUAGCUAGAGGUACCAGGCCAUUGUGGUUACUUGCUAAAGGACUUAGCGGAAUGGUUGCCGGUGUAAAUAUUUGAGCAACUCAACUUCAUUGCCCCCAUCUCUUCCGUUUUUGUUUCCACCUUAACCUUUAGCAGCUACUCCGAGCGAGGGAUGCUGUCAGACUCAUCAAACAGAGUUUAACGGCUUUUAUUAUCCUACACGUGCUCAUGUUGUCUGUGUGAGGUGUUUUUUCCUAUCUGCGAUGAACCUUCAGUAGCAUAUCUGAGCUCCAGACAGGCGUCCUGGGGGCAGUAGCUACUAGGCCAGGCUGAUUCUGUGCAGGCAAAGGACGCACUGUUACUUCAGCGCAGGCUUUUCUAGCUAUGCCAGUCCAGGGUUAUUUCUCACAGGGCUCCCGAUGCUGACGCCAAGUGGAGUGGCUUAUCAGCCUCUUUUAUGUCUUAAGUCAGUGCUUAAUUUGGAAUAGAGAAACCAUAUAUUUUAAGAAAAAAAUAUACUUUGUAGCAACAGUAAACUAUCCCGUUUUAACGGUGAACAGAGAGUUCCACGUAAUGACACGUAGACACGUCUGGUUGCAUCUGUGUAUUCCUUGUAUCAGCAUUAGUGACACGGAGCGGGUGAAAAAGAGCCCUUGGACAGAGAGCUGCCUUAGCCUUGAUUUCAGACAGAAACCGUUAGGUAGACGUACUUAUCUUUCAAGUACAGUUUUCAGAUGGAAUGUGAACAUGAAUUUCAUUGAAAAUAGUUUAAUUUUUUAUAUAGAAGGUUUUGUACAUAAUGUGCAUCAAGUGAAUAUUUUCAGAAUCAUUUUCACCAAGGCACCUUUUUUUCUAAAAUAGGUAUUACAUAUAUAUAUACACACAUAUAUACACAUAUAUAUUUUUUAGUAUAACGUUAGUUGGGUUUGAUUAUAAAAGUGUUGUCAAAUCUGUUUUAUUUAUCUGCAUAUAGCAAUGAUUGGCUUCUAUUAGAAUUGACAUUUUUGCACCUUGAUGCAUUAAAAUAAGGGAAAUGCUUUGUUUCUGAGCACUGAAGUUAUUGUUAUUUUUGCAUACUUCUGUAACACUGCAGUCCCCAGAUCCAGGUUUUGGGGAAGGGUAGGAAAACGUGGUUUUGUGUUUUGAAUUAACUGUCAGAAUUAAAUACACAAUUACAGCAGACUUUUUUUAAAAAGGACAUUGCAUUGUGCUGCAAAAAUCUGGAUAUGUAUAUUUCUUGGUUUUUUUUUCUUUAUAUAUUUUACAUUUUAAUAUGUUGACCACUGGAAAUUUGUAACAUCGAUUUGUGAUGGGAGUUUAAACGUGUUGUCACCGUCUCUGCUGUCUUCACUUUGUCCAGAGCCUGUCAUUAUGUAAACAAUAAAAUUGGUUGUGUCAGUUGCUUUCAA